AAAUCUAUGUACCAAAAUAAAUUUCAUGUAUACGUAUACAUACAUCAAAAGAAACCGAUAAUAUAUCGAAAUGUCAUUAAAAUAAAUCCGUUGUGCCGCGGCAGAACGGCAAGAAUUUUGAAAUGCUCCCUUAGCUUGCUUAAAAUUAUUAUUAUCAUUAUUACAUUCGUGAAAGACAUAAACUUCCCUUUGGAUAACUUUAGAAUGACAAUUGUUCGUCUUUUAGCAAUUAUUUCAGUAAAAACAAAGAAAAGUACUAAUCCAAUGGAGUCCGUUGGUAAUCUCGAUUGCAAUCUAUGAUUAUGAAAAAAUACUACUCAUUUUAAAGUACUGAUUUAAGUUACUGUUUUCUUUUUCUAGAUGGAUUCUAUUCAUUCUACUGAUAGUAAUUCUCAUGAUGAUAUGCAUGUUACGAAUGUUUAUGGUGGCUCUGAAGAAGAUGAGAUUCAUAUCCAGUCGGGUCCCCUUCGUGAACAAGAUCGUUUUCUUCCAAUAGCAAACGUAGCAAAAAUUAUGAAAAAAGGUGUACCAGAAGGACGAGGAAAAAUUGCUAAAGAUGCAAAAGAAACGUUACAAGAAUGUGUAUCUGAAUAUAUUAGUUUUAUAACAUCCGAAGCGAGUGAUCGUUGUUUACAAGAAAGAAGAAAAACAAUAAAUGGUGAGGAUAUUCUUCAAGCAAUGCAAACUCUUGGUUUUGAAAAUUAUGUUGAACCAUUACGAUUAUUUUUAUCCAAGUUUCGUGAAAUAAGCAAAUAUGAUCGAUCACUAGUUGAUGGUGAUCAACGUGAUAUAGACUUAAGUUCAUCAUCUCGAAACACAGGUCUCGAACCGUAUCAAAACUCAGUUCGUGUUGUAACAUGUUUAAGAAAUGAUGAAACAGAAAAUCCUGGAUAUAUUUAUUCUAUUCAACCAUUUCAUCAAUGA